GCGACUACAAGACGGCCGGGGGGAUCCGAAAGCGGAGGAUGGCGGCGGGGCUGUGCCUCUGCAAAGGCCCCCGCACCCGGCUGCGGGUUGGCGCCAGCGCCUUGGCGUUCUUUGUCCUCUGCUGGCUCUACAUCUUCCCCGUCUACCGGCUGCCGGAUGAGAAAGAGAUCGUGCAAGGAGUCCUGCUGCAGCAAGGCAAAGCCUGGCGGAGGAACCUCACCGCAGUCGCCGGCUUCAGGAAACUACUGAAAGACUGUUGUGACCCCAGUCAACUCUUUGCGAUGACAAAAGAGAAUUCUCCGGUGGGAAAGAAUCUUUGGUACGAUGGUGAAUUUUUGUAUUCCUUGACGAUUGACAACGAAACCUUCUCACUUUUUCCAAAGGCAACCCCGUUCCAGCUGCCAUUGAAGAAAUGCUCCGUGGUGGGAAAUGGUGGCAUUCUCAAGAAGAGCAACUGUGGCAGACGAAUAGAUCAAGCGGACUUUGUCAUGCGAUGCAACCUCCCUCCUCUCACCAGUGAAUACAGCAAGGAUGUUGGGUCCAAAACUCAGUUGGUGACCGCAAAUCCCAGCAUUAUUAAGAAAAGGUUCCAGAAUCUUCUUUGGUCCCGAAAAGCCUUUGUGGACAGUGUUAAAGUCUACAACCAGAGCUACAUCUAUAUGCCAGCCUUUUCCAUGAAAACGGGGACAGAGCCCUCGCUCCGAGUCUUCUAUACCCUAGCAGACGUUGGUGCCAGACAGACGGUGAUCUUCGCCAACCCAAACUUCCUGCGUGACAUUGGAAAGUUCUGGAAGAGCAAAGGAAUUCACGGAAAGCGGCUUUCAACGGGCCUCUUCCUGGUCAGUGCAGCCCUGGGUUUAUGUGAAGAAGUAACAAUUUAUGGCUUCUGGCCUUUCUCGAUGGACCUGCAUGAAAAGUUUAUCAGCCAUCAUUACUACGAUAAUGUCUUGCCGGAUUCAGGCUUCCAUGCCAUGCCAGAAGAAUUCUUACAGCUUUGGUUUCUUCACAAAAGAGGUGUAUUGCGAAUGCAGCUGGAACAUUGUGAGGACUCCGUAUCUUAUUCUGCAGCAUGAGGACCUUGGGGAAGGUCUGAGGGGGCUUGCCCGCUUCACAUUUUACAAUGAGGACAAACUGGAAAAGGGGGAGGAAAAUACCCCGAAACCCAACCUUUAAUGGACUUGCAUGGGCUGCUACAAUAAUAAUUAACGCCAUUGUUAACUUGAAGGUGAACAGAGGAAUUAGAGUCCUUUUGUGCAGUGUUCUGUGAAGUCCUCGGUGGAUUUUACUCAACAAAAUGGCAGAAUUCAACUGUGCAUUGCCAAGGUAGUGAUUCAAGAACAUUAAAGGGUCCAGUGAGGGUAGGGCUACCAAGGGCUUUCAGUGAUAGUGCUGAAUAUUUCAUGUUGUUCAGCUUUAAGACUGCUACCCAUACAAUUUGGGAGAUUUUUCU